AGUGUAAUCAAUUGAGUUAAUUGUUAGAGUAAAGGUGUAAACCUUGAUUUCACUUUUGGAUUCGAGAUGAUUUGAAGUUUUCACUCAAAUGAAUGUGACAUCAAAGAUCCUCUGACAAUCAUCAUAGUAUCUAUUUGCUAUCAAGAUCAGUUGUUCAUCAAUCAUCAGCUCUAAUUGGUAACAACAACAAUUGUGAUGCAAAUUGUGGGAUUAAAAAGUAUUGUUUAUCAACUAAUUACACAACCAAUUGUUCACGAAACGAUUGUAUGGUCCAAGUAAAGAUCAGUGUCAUCGAACGGGAAUAUUUUGAUGAGUAUCUUAAUUUCACCUUAAUUGGUUAUAAUAUCAAAGAAACGGAAUCUCGGACAAUUGGAUUACAAUUUAGAAAACCUAAUUCCAAUGUUGUCUAUUCUUGUGUGAAACAAAUCUCUGGACUAACUAGUGCCACUGUCACUCAAGGAGCCGUUAAUGCGACACUUGGGUCGUCAAUCUAUCUUAACGGUAAUUUAUAUUGUACCUGGAUAAUGGCUAAAAGUGAUUCAUCCUGGCCCGUUGACGAAGGUAAAAAAGCCGAUCUAGUGGUGGAUCACGAUUAUCAAGUAUCGAUACUCGCCGAUUCCAGAUCGGUUGCCGUUGGGGAAAAUUCAAGUGAACUACCAAUUUAUCAGAUGAAAUUCAUUAAUUGUUGCACCAAUAGUGGUGCUAAUAUUGGUUACAAGGUUCGAGGUAAUCGAGAGUAUCUUUUAAUUGCUAAAGAAAAGGUCAACUCAACGGACUUUUUACUUCAAGUGAUUGGACAAAGUCCGAAAAUUGUUCGAGUCGCUCUUAAUAACUCAGAUGGACUUGGAAUCGUUGCCGAAUGUAACUAUGAAAACGCUUCUUUCAACGGACUGGCCACAAUUGGUACUGUCUCAUCAUCGAUUAACAAUCAACUUGAUCAUUCCAAAAUUUAUGAUUACCGAUGCUCUUGGACAUUACCCAAGAUCGUUAAAUGCUUGUACGGGGUUUUGGACACUAAAAAAGUGUCCUACAAAUUACAGAUAAUCGCUGAUGGUGUUGCCGUUUACAAUCAAACUAACGUUAAAUUAAAUUCUGCCCUUUCAACGCUAUCCAAUUUAAUUUUAAUUGUUUUCGCAAUUGUUUUAACUUUAGUUUUGUGUUAAUUGUUUUCAUUAUUUUUCCUCUCAUCUAAUAUGUAAAAGGCGAUAAUUAGAUGAUUGCUAAUCAAAUUAAGCUUUUAUCUAUUGCAAAAUUAAUCAUCAGCAUCGUUAAUUGUAAUACUAAUUGUAUUAUUUUCCCUGUGACCAUCAACUAAUCAAAUCAAUAACGUAACUAAAUUUAAUGUCUUGUCAUUAUUUCCCAUCAACAAUAGCAAACAAAAAGCAAGAGAGGAAUUAAUUGUAAUUACAAUUAAAGAAACAAAAUCAAAAGUCUAAUUUUUAAUAACAAUUUAAAAAUAACAAUUUACAAUUAAAUGUUCUCGGUUAAAUCAACCAUUUAAAUUGAUUAACUAAGCAAUUCUCAUUGAUUUUAAUCAUUUAUCUUUGUUUUUUAAUUGUUCCCAACAAUCAAUCAAAUCAAUUUUUACAAAUUAAUCACAAACAAAAUUAGAUUAACGAUUAAAAUCAAUGAGAAUGAAACAAUUUGAUUGAUUUGCUUGAUUAGCAGUUAAUUGAUUGAUGUUCAAUUUAAUUGUUUCAUCAAAGUCUCAUCAAGUACAAUCAGCAAUUAACUUUAAUUCAGAUUGACCAUCAGGCCUUUAGUUAAUUGUAUGUUUUAUAAAAAUUAGAAAUUAAUUAAUCAGUUGAAUCAGGAAAACCAAAAUUUUCUCAAAUCAUUAAGUCAAAUUCUGACCGAAUAAUUAAAUUACUCAAGUGAUCGAAUACAAUUAACGGUUAACCCUAAGGCUAUAAAUUGUUCACCUCAAUUAUUGGAAUGAUCAAAAUUCAUUGAAAACGAAAGUGUUUCCAGUUGUAAAUUUUAAUUUCCAUUUGAUUUGAUUAACCCCUGAGGCGAUUAUUUUGAUUAACGAAUUUUGAUUUAAUUGGUUCACAAAAUCGAAUCAGUUUCUCUCAUUUUCUCUUCCUACUUAAGUUAAAUUUCACUUCCGUAAUUAGUAUGAUCUAUGAUUGUUUUGAUUUUUGGGUUAAUUGUGAUUGAGAUAAAUUAUCCGAUAAAAUGAUUCCAGAGGUUUUGAUAUUUUUUUCUUUGUUUUAAUGACUAUGAAUUGAAAGCAAAAUAAAUUACGAUGAUUGUGACAUUGAUCUUAUUUAAAUAGUGAUGGUUGGUGAUGAUUGGGAUGCUUUUUUCACGCCAUUAAUUGCUUUCCAAUUGAUUGAUGAUGAUGAUUUGCUUCAAUCCAACAAAAAAAAUCUACAUGUUGAUGAAAUUAAAUAUAUAUAAAUUUGUGUUGGUAACAAUUAACAAUUAUGUUUAACAGGUAAUGAAUAUAAAUAAUUUUUGUAUGAUUUAGGUUUAGAUUUGAUGGUUAAUGGGAGCAACGUGACCGAAUUGAAGACCAGGGUGAACGGCGAAAAGGUUCAUGUGUCCGCCCAUGUGACCUCCAUGUCGUUGUUGUUUGGCUAAACCAGCACCGAUGAUGGCACCAAGACCGGCAACACCGUAAGCACUACCAAGGAAAAGGACUGGAGGAGCUAAUUUACCGAGGAGUUUGUCGGGAAUGUAUGGAACAUGAUGAGCAUCAACGAUGAAACCCAAGCACAUGAUGGUAACAGCGACAACGACC